GUGUGACCGCGGCUCUGCCUGGCUGCCUCCCCCUGCCCCCUUCUCCCCUCCUCGACUCCUGUGGCCAGGCCAGCACCCCAGAGACCGCCGGGAAGGGAAGGGAGGGCGGCAGGGCGCCGAAUCGAUCGGAGGAGCUCGGCGAUUUGGUACAUGAGAAAUCCUUUGUUUCAAAUUUGUAGCUUAGGCUGCCUCGAUCUUCCAUGAAGCAAGUGAAGUUACCUAGAAUACAACUCAAAGUUCAGUAGAUGAUUGUGGACCAACAUUUCAGCCAUCUGUGCUUUUCACUAACAUGGUGGCCAGUGGUUACUUCUGGUUAAAAAGAUAGCGACUCAUUAUUGCAUACAGAUGGUUGGCCAUAAUGACGAUGUUAGUGCCUUUUUGCCAUAAGAACUGAGCUGGAAAUUGAUGAUCCAAGUUAUUGAUGGAGCAUGCUUGCUGUGAUGAUGUACAUGAGCAUGUUAUAAAUGUGACACAUGGGGAAACUGCAUCAACAUCAACCAGUCAUCAAGAUAUGUACAGUGACUCAGAUGAACCACACCAGGAAGAUAGGCCAUCAACAAGCACUCGAACCCCAUCAUCACAGUCUUCUCCAUCAACAUCACCAACUGCAUAUAGCUCCAGAAAUUUAUCUUUUCCUAGAAGAGAUAGUAUAUAUGGUCAUGGAAGGAGUCCUUGGAACUCUGGUUUAUGGAUCUCGUUUGAAAUUGUCAUGUAUGUAGCUCAGGUUGCAGCUGCUAUUGUCAUCCUAAUCUUUUCGAGACACGAGCAUCCCCAUGCUCCUUUGUUUGCAUGGAUAAUUGGAUAUACAGUUGGCUGCAUUGCUAGUCUUCCUCUUAUUUAUUGGCGCUAUGUUCAUCGGAACAGACCUUUGGACCAAGAACCUCAGCAGCCACCUACAACAUAUCCUACUUUGACUCCCUCUCAGUCAUCAGAAGGACGCAAUCAUCGUAGCAGUGGUACUGUCUGGCAUCUUGGAUGUAUAACAAUUACUUGCCCAAGGCUUAGCGUACUGGCUUAUCAUUUCAAGACAGCGGUCGACUGUUUCUUUGCUGUAUGGUUUGUUGUUGGAAAUGUGUGGAUUUUUGGUGGGCGCAGUAUUUCAUCUGAUGCUCAAGACGCUCCCAAUAUGUACAGGCUAUGUUUGGCAUUCCUUGCACUUAGCUGUGUUGGGUAUGCCAUUCCUUUUAUCAUGUGUGCAGCAAUUUGCUGCUGCUUUCCAUGCUUGAUAUCUGUUUUGCGUCUUCAAGAAGAUUUGGGUCAAACUAGAGGAGCUACUCAAGAGCUUAUAGAUGCAUUGCCAACCUACAAAUUCAAACCAAAACGAAACAAAAACUGGGGGAUUGACCAUGCUUCAAGCUCAGAGAAUCUUGAUGAGGGUGGCAUACUGGGCCCAGGAACUAAGAAGGAAAGAGUUGUUUCAGCUGAAGACGCUGUGUGCUGCAUCUGUCUAACCAAGUAUGGCGAUGAUGAUGAGCUCCGUGAGCUUCCUUGCACACACUUCUUUCAUGUGCAAUGCGUCGAUAAAUGGCUCAAGAUAAACGCAGUAUGCCCGCUCUGCAAGACAGAGAUUGGGGGUGUGGUUCGAUCCUUUCUCGGCUUGCCCUUUGGCCACCGACGUGUUGAUAGGAUGGCAGGAAGAGGUGUAGCUAGCUCGAGAUUCAGUGUAUAGAAGAUGUUUUGUUUCUAUGACAUCCUCUCUUACACAAAAAAGAGCCAUGCUCUCGGCGUUGCAAUGGUUUGAUUGAUUGUCAAGGAAAGUGCUGAACUGCACUCAGCGUGCUUGACUUCAUGACACUGACUCCAGAUGGAGAGACCUGGUGCUUGUGAAGGCAAGUUUUCGUAGUACUGUGGAGGUGCUGUUAUAUUCUGAUGUAAGAUUUUUAACCAAGGACGUAAAUAAGAAACACGAAGUUCACUUGUCAGGUGUACAUUGCAAGGAACUUCACAGGUGUUUAGCAUC